AUGAAUACUAAGUUCAAAUAUCUAAUGAACAUGGAGAGAAGGACUUCACUCCUCGUAUCAGGAUUCUUUCCUUUCCCUUCCCGUACAACAAGUCAAGUUUCUGCGGCGGAAUCACCAGGGUUUGGCCUCAACGGACAUCUUUCUCCGAAGAUUGAGGGGGCAUUUUCAGAUUUAGGCACAAAUAAAUUCUCACAAGUUCUAAAAAAGUGGCGCAAUACGAGUAUCAAAUUGGAGUUCAGUUUCCAACUGACCAACCAAACUGACCAACUCAAGUCAGUUGGAAAGAAGUUUGUCUUGAUUUUCUUCGAUAGGUUUUACAUGAGCUACUCACUGGAUCAGAAUUCCACUGAUUAUCAGCAUGGAAGCAGAGGUGUGGAGGUAUUUGUUGGAGGUUUGGCUCGUUCUCUGAAUGAAGACAAGGUUCGAAAGGUAUUUGCUGCUUGUGGAGAAAUUACAGACAUGCGCUUGAUAAAGGAUCAAAAUGGCAUCCUAAAGGGAUUUGGCUUUGUACGCUUUGCAACAAAAGAAGCUGCUGACAAAGCUCUGAAAGACUUAUCUGGAUCUAUGCUAGAAGGUAAAAAGAUUGGUGUUCUUCCAUCAGCUGCACAGGAUACAUUAUUUUUAGGAAACCUUAACAAAGGGUGGAGUGCUGAUGAUUUUAAUAAAGUUGUACGCCAGGUUUUUCCAGAUGUUGUUUCCAUUGAUCUUGCAAUGCCCCAAAGUGGUAGUGAGACAACCAGUAAAAAAUUUAAAAAUCGUGGUUUUGCUUUCGUGAAGUUCUCAUCUCAUGCUACUGCAGCACGUGCAUUUAGGGCUGGAUCAAAGCCGGAUUUUGUUCUUGGUGGUACUUUACAUCCAUCUGUUCAAUGGGUUGAAGAGGAUCCUGAAGUAGAUCCGGAUGAACUUGCUAAGAUAAAAAUAGCAUUCGUUAGAAAACUACCCUCAACUAUCGAUGAAGACUACUUAAAGAAACUCUUCAUGCCUUUUGGGAAGGUAGAAAAAGUGGUGGUGUCCAGCAAGGGAGAUUCCUCAGUUGGAUUUGUUCAUUUUUCUCAAAGAUCACACCUUGAUAAUGCCAUAGAGGGACUAAAUGAAAAAAUAGUUCCAGGCCCAAAAGGUGGGCCAUCAGUUAAACUUCAGGUUGAAGUUGCAAGACCUAUGGACAAAAAAAGAAAAAGGGUUCAUGAAGAUUUUCAAAACACUCAGCUCCGUGAUAAUUUAAAUAAACCCAGACCACAAAACCACGACCCAUACUUGAAUUCAUUUGAUGGUCAUGAAGAGACACUUCAAAAGGAAGCUGUUGUUGAUCCCCAUGAAGCUGCUGUUCUUUUGUUACCAGUAGCUGUCAGAGAGCGGUUACUUCGAAUUUUACGCCUUGGUAUUGCCACUCGAUUCGAUAUCGAAGUUGAAUCCCUAUCUAAUCUAGCAGAAUUACCUGAAUCCAUGGCCAUAUCAGUUCUUGAUCAGUUCAUGUUAUCAGGAGCAGAGAAACAUGACAAAGGAGGCUAUCUUGCAGCCCUAAUUUCUAGGUACCAGGUGGACAAAUUUGGAGCCAAUCAACAGCCCUCAAGUUUAUUAAGAUUAAGAGAACCAGUAAGGGCCCACCUUCCAUCUGUUGACUCUCUUCCCUAUGUUGACCCAAGCAGCCGGGGUGACAGUUAUACAUCCCGUUAUUCUACAUUAUAUUCAGAUUAUCGUCUACCGAGUCGACCGGCUUAUGGAAACAUGGAGGAAAUGAGUCCGGUCCAAUCCCACCAAAUCCCGGGCCCAUCUUUUGCAAAACCUUCACAAGAUCCAUACAACAGAAUACUGGGCCCUACCCCGACUUUAUCUUUUUCAAAAAGUGUCCCGAGCCCGGAUCCUUAUAUUAAUGAUAGGCCAGGAAGUAGGCCACAAAUGAGAUUUGACCCGUUUACGGGUCAACCGUAUAAGUUUGACCCAUUUACGGGUGAGCCAAUUGUUCCGGAAAGUUUGGCCCGUCGUUAUGACAGCCCGUAUUGA